CCAAGGGGCGGGGCGGACGGGCUUAGGCGGGGCGGGAGGCGGAGGCGCCGCGUAGGCCAGGGAGGCCGGGCUGGCCCGGCUUGGGAGCUCUGUCCCCAUGUGCCGCCGCCGCCUCCAACGAUGUUCCCCUCCCGGAGGAAAGCGGCGCAACUGCCCUGGGAGGACGGCAGGUGGGAUAUUUCCUCAUGUCCAUCUCCCCGGUCUCUACCCCGCCCCCAGCAAGAGCCCAGAGGGAGAAUCUAUAGAGGUUCCAGCCUUCCCAGGCCAAUAGCAGGAUUGGCCUCUGCUCCUCCCCAGCGGAAACCCCCACCACAUGACAAUGGGGGGUCCAGGUUGAUUCCCAGUGGCCUCCCCCGGAAAUGUUCCGUCUUCCACCUCUUUGUUGGCUGUCUCUUACUGGGCUUCCUCUCCCUGCUCUGGCUGCAGCUCAGCUGCUCUGGGGACGUAGCCUGGGCAGCCAGGGGACAAGGACAGGAGACCCCAGGCCCAUCCCGGGCCUGCCUGCCAGAGCCACCUCGUGAGCACUGGGAAGAAGAUGAGUCGUGGGGCCCCCACCGCCUGGCAGUGCUGGUGCCCUUUCGAGAACGCUUCGAGGAGCUCCUGGUCUUUGUGCCCCACAUGCACCGCUUCUUGAGCAGGAAGAAGAUCCAGCACCACAUCUACGUGCUCAACCAGGUGGAUCAUUUCAGCUUUGGCGCCCUGCACAGGUUCAACCGGGCAGCACUCAUCAACGUGGGCUUCCUGGAAAGCGGCAACAGCACAGACUACAUUGCCAUGCACGAUGUGGACCUGCUCCCUCUCAAUGAGGAACUGGACUAUGGCUUCCCAGAGGCUGGGCCCUUCCACGUGGCCUCCCCGGAGCUCCACCCACUCUACCACUACAAGACCUACGUUGGUGGCAUCCUGCUGCUUUCCAAGCAGCACUACCAGCUGUGCAACGGGAUGUCCAACCGCUUCUGGGGCUGGGGCCGAGAAGACGACGAGUUCUACCGGCGCAUCAAAGGAGCUGGACUCCAGCUUUUCCGCCCUUCGGGUAUCACAACUGGGUACAAGACAUUCCGCCACCUGCACGACCCAGCCUGGAGGAAGAGAGACCAGAAGCGCAUUGCGGCUCAAAAACAGGAGCAGUUCAAGGUGGACCGGGAGGGAGGCCUGAGCACUGUGAAGUACCGCGUGGAUUCCCGUACAGCCCUUUCUGUGGGCGGGGCCCCCUGCACUGUGCUCAACAUCCUGUUGGACUGUGACAAGGCCGCCACUCCGUGGUGCACGUUCAGCUGAGUUGGCUGGACAGUAAGGAGGCUUGUGCCUAUAGGCCACGCUGCUACUCAAGCCCAGGACAAAGCCUUGGCCCAGGCCCAGCUCCAGUAGGACAUGGAGUGGCCUGAAGCAGUGGCCAGCCAGCCACACGUUUGCAGCAGCCUGGCUCCCAAAGGCAGGCUUGAGCCAGGACAGGACACACAAAGGGUGCCUGGGAUGCUACCAGCAAUAAACAGUGAUGGAGAGAGGCUGGGACAUGGCUCCCAACUGGGACUCUCCACCCUGCCUUACUGCUUGCCCUGCCCUGCCCUGCCCUCUUCUGUGUGCUGAGAUCUGCAAGCUCCUCCCUUUGGACUGCCUCAUGCAGAGAUACAGUUCAGAAGCCAGGCCACUGAUGUGGGUGGCUAGGGCCAUCAGGAGGGUUAAAACUGCAGAGACCAGUGUGCAAGCCCUACAGAGGGAGCAGCUGAGCCCAGCUCUGGCUGGUUGUCACCAUGCAGGAGUGUGGGCCUAGUGUUACCAGGUCUUCUGAUUUUUCAAAAGAAACUAGAAUUCUGGA